CAGAGGCGCCGCGCGCGGAGGUUUCAGUUCUCAGUCAGGAGCAGAGUUCCCGUUGCGGGGCUCCGGUGCGGGGCUGAAGUUUAUUUUUUAUGCACGUUCUGAAAGAAGAAGAAAACCAGGAAGCGACAAAACAAUCCUAAAUGAACCAAUGGAGGUGUUCAGGAGAAUGCUCGUGCUGUGUGUGACCUGUUCCCUCGGACCGAUGUUAUCAGUCCAGAUGUGCGACAUCAGGAUAGACCUGGAGAUGGAGAGAGAUGAGUGCUUGGCCCAGUUGCAAAAUGUCACAUCAGGCUGCAGCGGCGAGUGGGACUUUGCGUGUUGGCCGUCGGCGUCUGUUGGACAGCUGGUCACCAUCCCCUGCCCCAAAUACUUUACUCAUGUCAGUGACUGGGAAGGUAAUAUAUCAAGGUUAUGUACAGAGGACGGAUGGAUGGACAUCGACCCUGCUGUGAGUGCUGAGAACUGCGGCUACAGCCUCAAUGUCACCGAGGUGGACAUGGAUUUCCCUCACUUCCUGCGCUCGGUGAGGAUCGGAUACACCAUCGGCCACGCCGUGUCUCUGACGUCCCUCGUCUUCGCCAUCUUCAUUUUGUGCUUUUUCAGGAAACUCCACUGUACGAGGAACUACAUCCACAUUCACCUCUUCCUGUCGUUCAUCCUGAAGGCCAUCGCGGUGAUAAUGAAGGAUGUGGCGCUCUAUGAGAUGGAUCCAGAUGAGUGCAAUUCUGGUUCUGUAGGAUGCAAGGCUGCGAUGGUGUUCUUCCAGUACGGCAUCAUGGCCAGCUUCUUUUGGCUGCUUGUGGAGGGCCUCUACUUACACGCGCUCCUCGCCGUCUCCUUCUUUUCCCACAAGAAGUAUUUCUGGUGGUACAUCCUGAUUGGCUGGGGAGUCCCAGCUCUCUUCAUCACCAUAUGGAGCAUUACUAAAGUCUACUUGCAUGAUGUCGGAUGUUGGGAUUUUAUUGACGACCAUCUGUGGUGGAUCAUAAAAACCCCCAUUUUGCUAACAAUCCUGUUGAAUUUCAUCCUCUUCAUAUGCAUCAUCCGGAUUCUCCGCCAGAAAAUCAACUGCAGGGACAUCGGCAGAAGCGAAUCGAACCAGUACUCGAGGUUGGCGAAAUCGACUUUGCUUUUGAUCCCUCUGUUUGGAAUAAACUACAUCAUCUUUGCCUUCAUGCCUCAUCACGUGCGGUCUUACAUGCGGCUGGUGGUUGACCUUAUCUUGGGCUCUUUUCAGGGCUUCUGUGUUGCCAUCCUGUACUGUUUCCUAAACGGCGAGGUGCAGUCUGAAAUCAAGCGGAAGUGGCGACGGUGGCACAUGCAGAGGUUUCUGGGCACCAACACAAAAUACCACCAGCCUUCUCUGGCCAGCAACGGCAGCACCUCCAACACCCAGAUCACCAUGCUGACCAAGUGCAGCCCCACCACGCACCGUAUCUCAGGCUGCAUGGACGACUUCUCCACCAUUUGAGAUGACGGAACGGCAUAAUAUCCAACGAUCCAGACCUCUCCCACACUCCUGGGUCGAGCUCAAUCCUGAACUGGUCAUCAUCACAACGUGAACGGCAUAGCAAUGG